AUGUGCCCCUCCGCGGAAAAUGUUGAGAGCCAGGUAAAUGGUGUGAAUGGCCAUACCAAUGGUGCUAAUGGAAUCAACGGCAAUCACUCUGGCUAUACUGGCAUUCAUACCCGUGAGAACCCGCACGCUCAAUCACGGAACCCAUACCAGCCGGUCGGCGAUUUUCUCAGCAAUAUCUCCCGCUUCCAGAUCAUCGAGAGCACUCUUCGAGAGGGAGAGCAAUUUGCCAAUGCCUUCUUCGACACCGAGAAGAAGAUCGAGAUAGCGAAGGCGUUGGACGACUUCGGAGCAGACUACAUCGAACUUACCAGUCCCGCUGCUUCGGAACAAUCAAGGCUGGAUUGCGAGGCAAUCUGCAAGCUCGGAUUGAAGUCCAAGAUCCUUACACACAUUAGAUGUCAUAUGGACGAUGCCAGAAUAGCAGUCGAGACCGGUGUCGAUGGGGUUGAUGUUGUCAUUGGAACCUCCUCGUUUCUUCGAGAGCACUCCCAUGGCAAGGAUAUGACCUACAUCAAGAACACCGCAAUAGAAGUUAUCGAAUUUGUCAAGUCCAAGGGCAUCGAAAUCAGAUUUUCUAGCGAAGACUCAUUCCGGUCAGAUCUUGUCGAUCUUCUCUCCCUCUACUCCGCAGUCGAUAAGGUUGGUGUCAACCGUGUAGGUAUUGCAGACACUGUUGGCUGCGCUUCUCCCCGGCAAGUGUACGACCUCGUCAGAACACUUCGAGGUGUCGUCAAUUGUGAGAUUGAAAUACAUCUUCACAACGACACUGGAUGUGCGAUUGCGAACGCUUAUUGUGCGUUGGAAGCUGGCGCUACGCAUGUCGACACAUCGGUCCUUGGGAUUGGCGAGAGAAAUGGUAUCACUCCGCUGGGUGGUCUUAUGGCAAGAAUGAUUGCAGCAGAUCGCGACUAUGUCAAGAGCAAGUACAAGCUGGAAAAGAUCAAAGAUAUCGAGGACUUGGUUGCCGAAGCAGUGCAAGUCAAUAUCCCCUUCAACAACUACAUCACUGGAUUCUGCGCUUUUACACACAAGGCCGGUAUCCACGCAAAGGCUAUUUUGAACAACCCAAGCACAUACGAAAUCAUCGAUCCGGCCGACUUUGGUAUGACUCGCUAUGUGCACUUCGCUUCACGUUUGACGGGCUGGAACGCUAUCAAGUCAAGAGCGCAGCAGCUAAAUAUCGAAAUGACGGAUGCUCAGUACAAAGAUUGCACAGCCAAGGUUAAGGCUCUGGCUGACAUCAGACCGAUUGCCAUCGACGAUGCAGACAGUAUCAUCCAUGCAUUUCACAGAAAUAUUCUUCAUGGCCAGAAUAAGCCAAUCUUGUUGCCCAACAUGAGUGACAAGGAGAAGAAGCUGCUGGCAGAAAAGGAAGAAGAGAUCGCUGAUGAGCCAGAGAAGAGGGCUUUGGAUCAGCAGGUAGCAGAGGAAGCUGACAUGGAGAGAACCAUCAAAAAGGCACGAACAGCCCAAGUAACAGCAUGA